GCUUGCUGCACUCGGCGGGCAGUUUGAAUUUGUGACCGGCACGCGCGCGUCUGAUACCCUCACGGCGUUUCUCUAUAAUAUACAUGUGAUUUUCGUGUACAACGAUUCAUGAAUUUUUUGUUUUUAUUUUCGAUCCGCACGGUAUUUAUAACCCUGUCUAAUAAUUAGUUCUGUUUGACUGUCGGAUUUGGUGCAAGUGUGCGUAAUUUUUUUGUCAAAUAUUUAAUGAAAUAGCUGCUGAGACUGCUUGGCAAGCGUUUGAUUCAGCAAUCAGGUGUUUUAUGCAUGUGCACACGGUACAUACCGGGUAAUGGAGACGGACAAAUCUUUCGUGAAAAAUAUCGUUUAGCAAAACAUAAUCGGCCAAAUGGAUUAUCGUCUGACCACUGUACAUUAACCAGCUCAUUCCAAUAGUUGUUGUCUAGAAAAUUACAACAAUGCUGUAUACUUCUUCAGUACCUACUCCAUGAUAUUGUUAUGUCGUUGUCGCAUCCGUUUGUGACUGGCCAGACGAAAACUGCUCCUCGCGGUGCGUACAUCUAAUAACUGGAAACCGUCCGAGUGACCAUAAUCGGGUAGCGCCGAGUGGGAGACAUCGGCAACCUGUUUCCCAGAAGAGCGCCCCAAACAAUGCGACAGGAUCCAAUCAUGCCACCUGGCGUUGCAGUGUCCCCAAGUUCGAUUUCAUCAGGAUAUGCAGCUUGUUCAUUGAUCAACGUGGACAGAACAGAUCAGCAACAAGCUCUCCGUGAAAAUUUCCCGGAAAAUAUGGAUUCACAUAUGGGAAUUAGUAGCAGUAGUAGUAGCAGUAGCAGCAGCAGUAGUAGUAGCAGCAGCAGCAGCAGCGCUAGCAGUGGGGAGAGUGCUGAACUUUCAGACAAAGAUCAACUUCAGGUGCAAUCCUGUUACAAAGGCCUAAAAACACAGGUGUACGUGUGCGGAUCGAUGGCCAACUUGUACGUGCACAACUCGUCUCCGGAAGGCAGCUGGGACCUGAAGUUCACCGGGAUCCCGGUUGUGCUGUACGACAGCGGGGAGACUAGGUCCAGAGACAAGCCCCGCAUCCAGAUACUUCUCGUGGAGCGCGGCACGUGUUUCGCCCUGUGGCGGGACACGAUCGACAACUUGACCUCGUACAAGGUGUCCAGCCAGGGGUUCCACACCAUGUGCUUGUCGACCGACCACACCCAGCUGAUCGGAUUGAGCUUCGACUGUUCGGAAGCCGCCCAGCAGCUGUGGUCGCACAUCGACCGGCUCACUUCCGACCCGGAGAACAUCCGGCUGUCCGGCCCCGGAAACCGGUCGAAGAGCGCCAGGAAACAGAAGCACAGACCGGCGCCUGUCCGCCGGCUUCCGGACAAGUCGCACAUAUCCACACCGUGCUGCUUCGAGCACAUCACCAACGUCGAAGUAUCCGACCGGUCCAGAUACUUGUCUCUGCAAAGUCUCGUGCCAACUCCGGCGAUGGUGCCGCUUGACGCCCCUUGACCAGUGAAACGUGACAAAGACGCGUGAAACGGUUCCGGCGGCGGCGGCGUACAUCAUAAUAUAAUAUAGGGAUCUCUGUACAUAGUCAGUUUUUUUCGCAGUCAUUAUUAUAUUCUUUACGAGAACCGGCAAACACCGCGUUGUAACGAUUUAACUAAACCAACACUCGCCGUGUGCAGUCUCGUUCCGAUAGAAUCCUUUUAUAAGUAUACAAUAUAUAAUAAUAAUAAUACUCUCUUUAUCCUAGUCCGCACUGGAAAAUUGAAUAUACUGAUACUAUAAUAAUAUGGUAUUAAUAUAUUAUAAGUAGUGUUUUUUGUAGUAAGACGUCGUUCGUGUCGAACGGGGAAGUAAAAGUUCUAACUACGUCCCGCAUACUACAAUGAUAAUAAUAUAUAAAAUAUAUAAAAUAUGUAUUAUUUAAAAUUUAUAAAAAUCGAAGUCGUGAUAUUAUGUUAAGCUUAAGAAUAGUAGUUAUGUCAUCGACGGUAAAUAUUGUGCAUGUUCAUUGUUCAACGAUUGUAUACUCUUUAAUAAAAAUGUAUGUUUUAUGGCAUACUUAACUAGUUGUAAAUAGCAAUAUGAUACUUAAACGAAAUUAUUUAACUAUGCAUUACGACUAAAUAUAAUAUAAUGUCAUAAUGACUGUCAUUAAGAAGAUAUUUUAUAAGUUUACAAAUUCUUGUAUGCUCGUAUCCUUUAUUGUUGCCUACAUAAUAUUAUAAAUAUUCCAUAAUCACUUAUGCUUGGGUAAACUCUCUAAGUUAUGUUUAUAUGUUAUUAGUAUUAUUACUUAUUACCUGUUAUAUAAUAUUGUAUUAAUUUAUGACAAUUUUUUUCUUACACACUUCAUGCUUUUACUUUAAAUUUUAAAAUAAUAAUUUUAUUAUAUCCAUCAUCCAUAUAAAAUUAUUAUAACUAGAUAUUGUUUUUUUUAAUUUAUUAAUAAAUAUUAAGACUAAAAUAUGUAACAGUAAUUAAUAAUUAUUACUUUAUAGUAUUUAUAAAUAUACGUAAUAUAUAAUAUAUAUCUGUUGUUAUACAUAA